CUUCGCGCAGCCCGCAGAUUAAUAAUGGCCGCCAUUUUAUAGAAGAUAUUUCAGAUUAUUUACCUGUUUUAUGCAGAAAUGUAGUCCUUGUUAAACGGUAAUCUCUGACGUAGAUUGGAACAGACGUAACACGUGAUUAGAAAGGAAUUUGCCUCAUUGUUACAUUUGCUCAGACGCCAUGAUGACGGACCGAGACUGGCAACGAUGAGUAAGGUUGAAAUAUCUGAUAUUGGAGAUUUCACCACCCCACUGUUUGGGCCAAUAAAAGAAAAUUCUAAUAAAACCCUUGAGACGACUUCAAAACUUCCUGCUACUGAUUAUACUGCUGAUGUAAACUAUAAACAUCAAUUACCAGAACAGAAAGAUGGUAAUGUAGAGAAAAGUGGUAGUUCUGCAUCUGAUUCCAGUUCUUCAGAUUCUAGCAGCUCAGAUUCUGAUGCUUCGAAGUCCAGCGAUUCUAAGAGUGGAUCAGAUUCCAGCAAUAAUUCAGACAGUGAUGUGAAAAGUUCAAAACACAACAGUUCGAAUCAGUCAAAUAAAUCCAGCACUAGGGUACAGAGGAGUGAAUCAGAAGAUGAUGAUGACGAUGAUGAUGAUGAGGUUGUUUCACAGAAACCUAGGAAACGAAAUACUAAAGAGUUAAAAGAUCAAUGGGUUCAACAACCAGAUUUGUAUGGUAUAAGACGUUCUGGCCGACAAAGAAAAGAAGUAGAUAGAUUUAAUGCUGCAGAGGCUGACAGCGAAGAUGAGAAGCCAAAAAAGAGAGGAAAUCGCAAAGGGUCGGAUGAUUGGGCAAACAGUAGCGAAGAAAGUCAAAGCAGUUCAUCGGAAGAUUUUAAACCACCUCGUAGAUCUACUAAAACAACAAGAACCAAAGGUCGACCAUCAAAGAGACAUGCCAAACCUUCAAAAUCAUCCAGUUCUCGUCGACGUAAAUUAUCAAAUUCUUCCUCGGAUGACUUCAGCGAUGAAGAUGAUGACGAUCGAAGGUUUACAGCUCGCAGAAAUACCUCCAAGAAAGUCAGUUAUAAAGAAUCAUCAGAAGAACAGACAGAUUCUGAUGAUAUUGUCGAAGCAGCCGCACCAACACAGGAAGAAGUUGAACAAGAAAGUCGUGAAACAAUAGAAAAAGUUUAUGAACAGAGAAAGGGUAGAAUAGGAGCAACUGGAAGUAAAACUGCCGCAUAUAAUGUGGAAAUUAGUGGCGAUCCUAAUGAAGGCUUUGAUCCAGAGAAAGAGGAAUAUGAAUUGCAAUAUUCAAUAAAAUGGAAAAAUUGGUCCAACAUUCAUAAUACAUGGGAGACCGAGGCUUCUUUAAAAGAACAAAAGGUAAAUGGAUUAAAAAAGUUAGAGAAUUUAAAGAAAAGAGAAGAGGAACUGGCAGAAUGGGCAGAAUUGGCAACACCAGAAGACAGAGAAUAUUUCUGUUGUCAGCAAGAAAUGAUGUCUGAUCUGGCCAAGAACUAUUUGAAGGUAGAAAGAAUUAUUGCUGUGUCUAAAGAGAAAUCUACAAGUGAACAGAAUGGUUUCCCCGAUUAUUUAUGUAAAUGGGCUGCUCUCCCGUAUGCUGAUUGUACGUGGGAAGAUGGUGAACUUAUAUCUCGACAUUAUCAGUCAUUCAUUGAUGCCUAUUACGCUAGAACUAAAUCUCAAAGAAUACCCACUAAGUUAUGUAAGGUUUUAAAAAGCCGUCCAAAGUUUGUAACAUUAAAAAAUCAACCGGAAUAUCUUGGUGGAUAUGAUAAAUUAACGUUAAGAGAUUACCAAUUAGAGGGUGUAAACUGGAUGUUACAUGCCUGGACAAAGGAGAACUGUGUAAUAUUAGCUGAUGAGAUGGGUUUAGGUAAAACUAUACAGAUAAUUAGUUUCCUCUCCGUUCUCUUCAACCAGUAUCAGUUGUAUGGUCCAUUUCUAUUGGUUGUACCUCUCUCAACUAUUGUUGCCUGGCAACGCGAGUUUGAGAAUUGGGCUCCAGAGAUGAACGUUAUUGUUUAUAUUGGUGAUAUAUCUAGUCGAAACUUUAUUCGUGAUCAUGAAUGGUGUCAUCCAGGCAAUAAACGAUUAAAGUUUAAUGUUAUUGUUACAACCUAUGAAAUAUUGUUAAAGGAUAAGUCAUUUUUAGGAAGUGUAAGUUGGGCAUUUCUUGGUGUGGAUGAAGCUCAUCGUUUAAAAAAUGACGACUCGUUAUUGUAUAAAACAUUAAAAGACUUCAAUACUAAUCAUCGCAUUCUCAUUACGGGCACUCCAUUACAAAAUUCACUUAAAGAACUCUGGUCACUACUUCAUUUCAUCAUGCCACAAAGGUUUCAUGACUGGACAGACUUCGAAGAACAUCAUUCCACUUCAGAUAGUUCUGGUUUUGCAGCAUUACACAAAGAAUUAGAACCAUAUCUAAUCCGUCGAGUGAAAAAAGAUGUUGAGAAGUCCCUUCCCGCAAAAGUUGAACAAAUUCUCAGGGUAGAAAUGUCUUCAUUACAAAAGCAGUAUUAUAAAUGGAUCUUGACAAGAAAUUAUAAAGCUUUGAAUAAAGGUACAAAGGGAAAUAUUAGUAGUUUGUGUAAUAUAGUUAUGGAAUUAAAGAAAUGCUGUAAUCAUUCGGAGUUGAUUCGUCAAUCAGAAUCAGAAGAGGAACGUCUACAGUCAAUAAUUCGUGGUAGUGGUAAACUAAUAUUGUUAGAUAAGUUAUUAUUACGGUUAAAAGAAAGUGGUCACAGGGUCCUUAUCUUCUCUCAGAUGGUUCGUAUGUUAGACAUACUAGCUGAAUAUCUACGUCUACGCCAUUUUACAUAUCAGAGAUUAGAUGGAGGGAUAAGAGGAGAAUUAAGAAAACAAGCUUUAGAUCAUUUUAAUGCUGAAGGUUCACAAGAUUUUUGUUUUUUAUUAUCUACAAGGGCUGGUGGUUUAGGUAUAAAUCUAGCUACAGCUGAUACAGUUAUAAUAUUUGAUAGUGACUGGAAUCCACAGAAUGAUUUACAAGCUCAAGCUAGAGCUCACAGAAUAGGCCAAAAAAAUCAAGUGAGUGUGUAUCGUUUAGUAACUAAAGGUAGUGUAGAAGAAAAUAUUGUAGAAAGGGCUAAAAAGAAAAUGGUGUUAGAUCAUUUGGUUAUACAGCGUAUGGACACUACUGGUCGUACUGUUUUAAGCCGAGGAAAUGCUCCUUCCAGCAGUAGCUCAACACCUUUUAAUAAAGAAGAAUUGGCUUCCAUUUUGAAGUUUGGUGCUGAAGAAUUAUUUAAAGAAAGUGAAGGUGAUGAAGAAGAACCACAGGUUGAUAUAGAUGAGAUAUUGAAUCGAGCUGAAGUAAGUGAAACAGUAGCUACAUCAGUUGGUGAUGAAUUGUUAUCACAGUUUAAAGUUGUUAGUUUUGAUAAUAUGGAAAACGAAGAAAUUGAAAUGAAAGGAGGAAGAGAUUGGGAACAAAUUAUACCUGAAAAUGAUAGAAAGAAAGUCGAAGAAGAUGAAAGACAGCAACAAUUAUUAGAGUUACAUUUACCACCCCGCAGUAGAAAAACUAUACAACAGUUACAAUUAGAAGAUUCAGAUGGUGAUAAAUCGCGUAAAAAGAAGAAAGAUGACGAUUCAGAAGGUAGUGAAGAUGGAGACGAUGAUGAUGAAGAUCGUCCCAAGAGAAGAGGAAGACCACAAACUGUUGCACGAGAAAAAUUAAAAGGGUUCACAGACCAAGAAAUCCGACGAUUCAUCAAAAGUUAUAAAAAGUUUGGUGCACCCAUUACCAGGCUGGAUGCGAUAUCCGGUGACGCUGAACUACAAGAAAAAUCUGAAUCUGAGUUAAUGAGAUUUGCACAGUUGCUUAAAACCACAUGUGAAGAUGCUAUGGCAGAAUAUAAAUCCAAAUUAGCAGAAGAUCCGAACUUUGAUGGAAAGAAAACACAUCGUGGUCCUACUGUCAAGUUAUCAGGUGUAAUGGUUAAUGCUCAGGCAGUAUUAAAAGCUGAACAAGAUUUAGAACCAUUGGUACAAUUUAUUACUACUGAUCCUGAAAAACGUAAAAAUUUACAGUUAACCUGUCAUGUAAAAGUAGUACACUGGGAUUGUCUGUGGGAGAAAGAAGAUGAUUGUAAUUUAUUAAAAGGAAUUUAUGAUUAUGGUGUGGGCAGCUGGGAAGCCAUUAAAAUGGAUCCUGAUCUUAAUUUACAUAAAAAAAUUUUACCGGAUGGAGAAUGUAAACCUCAAGCUAAACAUUUACAGACACGUGUAGAUUAUCUAUUAAAAGUGUUACGUAAAGUGUCCGAUCCCAUUAAAGAGCCCAAACCUCCCAAAACACCUAAAACUCCAAAGUCCCGGAAAGGUAAGAAAGUGAAAUCUGUUGCAGAAGUAAAAGAUGAGAUAAGUAGUUCCGAUGAUAAUAUACAGGAAGAUACUAACGAUAGUUUUGCUGUAACUAGUCCUAAAAAACAUGAUGUGGAUGAUACAGAUAAAAAACAUGAAGAUAAAGUUAAAAAAGAGAAAAAGGAAAAGAAAAAAGGCAAGAAAAAAGAAAAGGAUAAGGAAAAUAAACAGAAGUCUGAAGAUGGACCAAAACAUUUUACUGCCUCAUCUGAACCUAUCAAUAUAUCUGAAGAAGUGGAUAUGCCAGUAGAAUUAACACAAGAAAUCUUUAGUCAGUGUAAAGAGAAAAUGAGACCAGUAAAGAAAGCCUUAAAACAAUUAGAUAAUCCAGAAGAUGGUUUAAAUGAAAAAGAACAAAUAAACCAUAUGAAAUCCUGUUUAUUGAAAAUAGGAGAUAGAAUAGCGGAGUGUUUAGAACGUAUCAAUGAUCAAGAACGUAUUCGACUGUGGAGGAAUUAUCUAUGGUUGUUUGUAUCACGGUUUACAGAACUUGAUGCCAGUAAACUUCAUAAGUUAUAUAAAUCAGCUGUUAAAAAACGUAUUAAAGGAAAAGAAAAACCAAAGAUAGUGUCAGAGUCUUCCAAUCUGAGUUUACCUGAUCAACAUUCCAGUAAGUCAAACCGUAAAAAACGACCAUUAGAGAAAUCAGGUGAUUCUGGAAAGAAAGAUAAUACAUCGUAUAAAAAACAUCAUAGUGAAAGUGACAAAAGUAAAGACAGUACAAGUAACGGUCAAAAAACAUCUACUACACAAAGUAGUAGUCAUUCAUCAUUCCAUAAUGCUGUUAGUACAGCUAGUAGAGAUUCACUACAUCAUGAAAACAGCAAUAGCUCUAGUCCAGUAGAAAGAUGGCAGCUAGCUAGUCCAUUAGCUCGUGCUGAGGAACCACCUAGAAACAGAUAUGAUGGAGGAGCAGGGGCAUAUGGUAGUAGAAAACAUUAUGAUUCUCAUAGAUCUCAUCAUGAUUAUAAAACACAGACAGAUUCUUAUAACAGAAACAACAAUAAUUAUCAGCGACAUCAUGGCAGCACAGGUUAUCAUCGGCAUGAUCGGGACAACCAAAAUUAUAGAUCUGAUCCUUAUCAACGUCGAGAUACAUCUCAUCGUAGUGAACAGUAUCGUUUAGAUACAUAUCGUACUGAAUCAAGGUCAGAUUAUGGUGGACAUUAUCGUGAUCAAGAGGCACAUUACUCUAGACAAGGUGAAGAUUGGACCAAAAGUUCGUCGACUGAGAGGGAGAGAAAAAGAAAGAGUGACGACUAUUCUGAUCAUUCAAGAAGAUUAUCCAAAGAUCCACGAUUAGAUGCAAAUCGUCCACAAACUAGUCCUACCUAGUUAUAUAUGAUAGUUAGAGACCUAUUAUAUGUUUCAAUCUGUGAUUCCUUGGUGCUGUAUUGUGCUGUUUAAUCCAACACGUACAGGAAGUUGUUAAAUGCCCCGUUGAAAGCUGUGAUAAUGCCUUAUGACUACUCAUACAGCCACUGUGUGUUGAUUUUCACAAACACUGUUACCGGACUCAAAAUGUCUCAUGUCAGUUAUUUGGAACUUAUUUAUUGCUCAUCAACUAGAUAUGACUGCCAGCCGAGUGUUGCAUAAUGUUCCUAUUAAAUGAUUAAAUGAGUAUCUGUGUGUGAGUGAGUUUUUGAGAGAUUUUAAGUGGGAAAAAUGUAUCUUCACAGUAAAAAUAAGUAUGGGGUAACUACAUAAUUUAAAAGCUAUAUAUUCAAACAGGCUUGAUGUUAGCUUUCAGUUAUUAUAUCUUGCAUACUAUCACCAAACAGUUGUUAUUGAGUACUGAUUCCAUACAUACAUGUUAGUCUCAAAAUGGCUGAAGUUAAGACAUUAAACUCCAUUCCUUUCCUUUCCAAAUGUUGUUCAUGUUAAAAUAAGGUUGUAGUCGGGAGAAGUCAGAUAUUUCUAUACAGUGUUUGCAUUUAUCUACUGUGUGAGUGAAUAAUUAAAAAAACAAAAAAAAACUUUAAUAAGAACUCAGGGGUUCCAAAUACCAUAGUGUGCUUUAUUUUAGAUCCAAACUAUUUUCUAUGCAAUGUAUUUUUAGUUUAAUAUUAAGAGCUGGCUUUUGUGUUAAAGUUUUGUUCAUGAAAAUUGUGGUGUACAUACUAUUAUACUGAAAAUUUUUACAAGCUUUUGUUGUCCUGAUUCAUUAGAAGCUAGCAAGAAGAGUGAGAUUGCCAUUAUUGUAUUUAUGUAUAUAAUGAAAUUUAAAAAGGUAUUUAUUUUGAAUUUUGUUGUCUCUUCAAAGAUUUUGAGAAAAAAACUUCUCUUAGAAACACAUUCCCGACAGCGUGUUUUUCAGAGGCGCCUGUAUUUCUUUUUUUCUCCGAGUCAUGUAUAUGUAAAAGGUUUUUCAAGGACAAAAUUACUUUACAUUUGAAAAAAAAUCUGUAUAGAGAUUGAAACAUUUUAAAAUAUGUUGAUGAAAUGAAUCCUAAUUGAUAUGCUGACUUAUAGGUAUUGUAUUCUAUUUACAACUUACAUAAAUUUUUCUCUGGCAUCCAACUUGCUUAUGCAAUUUCUUGCUUUGUGGUCAACAGUAAUUAAAUUUAGUUUGUGCAGAAUUUGUUAAAAACUAGGCAAAUAAAUUUUAAGCUGAUUUAAAAGGAUAAACAUUAAGACUUCAAUUUUUGAUUGGUUGGUUAUGAUAUAAAGACAUCAGGUUUCUUGAUUGGUCAGACCAAAUUGAAGCUUGUACGGAUUUAAAAUACAGAUGUGACAUCAUCCUUUGAUGUUGCCGUACAAGACAUUUCGUAAUAUGUGGAUAUAUUACAUUUCGUAAUAUGGGGAUAUAUUACAUUUCGUAAUAUGGGGAUAUAUUACUUAAUGCCUCGCACUCGACCAUUAAACCACACUUAAUUUCCACAAUAGGACAUCUUUAUGGAUGUUGUGCAGAAGUAGGUGUUUGGCUUAUAUAAUUGGUCUGAUCUGAUUGGUACUUGACUUGUUAAUACAGAAAUCUUCUGUUCUUAAACACCAACAAAAUCAUGCAUUAUUACCAUUUAUUUUUCUUAGGCCUAUGCACACCAGAUUAUGUCUGUGACUGAUGAAUAAUAAUUGGAUUGUGGUGACAGACAGCCUGGCAAUUUGUCCCCAAUGUUUCAAGGUUCAAUAAUGUAUUCUAUUAGUAGACAUUCCAUCGCUGACAGUAUAUGUUGGCUGAUUAAAUAUAUUUCCAAAUGCACACUUUUAUAAUGUAGAUGGUUUAUUUAAGCCUACUAAGCUAAUUAUUGUAUGCGAAAAUUCUAGUGCGUGACAUACAAUCAGAAUGUCAUCAAUGAGAAAUUGUGUUUAGGGAAACUUGUGUAUUGAGUUUUUUACCCAAACGAUUGUCACAAACAAGUAAUUGGGCUGUUGGCGACAAAUAAUCUUUAGUGUGUGCAGGCUCAUAGAUUUCAUAACUCAGUUAAUAGGAUACAUUAAAAGCUAGAAAAGGUGAAGUUGUAUUGAGUACAAUGUUAUUAAGAAGAGUGAUGUUUAUUUUGUACACAAAUUAUAAAGGUUGUAUGAAUGUUAUUGCUGUAUAAAUUGUGUUCCUGGUCUGUAAGGAGUCUUGUAUGAACUGUAAGAUAAAUUGUAAAUAUUUUCUCUCCCUUCCCAUCCAUGUCCACACAAUGUAAAUAUACAUCAUGUAGAAUUUCUACAUACAAAUAAAUCAUUUAACUAAU